GCGGGAGCGGCCCGGGGAGCCCGAGCGCACCAUGGAGGCGGCGGCGGGCGGCCGCGGCGGCUUCCAGCCGCACCCGGGGCUGCAGAAGACGCUGGAGCAGUUCCACCUGAGCUCUAUGAGCUCGCUGGGCGGCCCGGCAGCCUUCUCGGCGCGCUGGGCGCAGGAGGCCUACAAGAAGGAGAGCGCCAAGGAGGCAAGCGCGGCUGCGGUGCCGGCGCCGGUGCCCGCCGCCGCGGAGCCGCCGCCCGUGCUGCACCUGCCAGCCAUCCAGCCGCCGCCGCCCGUGCUCCCGGGGCCCUUCUUCAUGCCGUCCGACCGCUCCACCGAGCGCUGCGAGACCGUGCUGGAGGGCGAGACCAUCUCGUGCUUCGUGGUGGGCGGUGAGAAGCGCCUGUGCCUGCCGCAGAUCCUCAACUCGGUGCUGCGCGACUUCUCGCUGCAGCAGAUCAACUCGGUGUGCGACGAGCUGCACAUCUAUUGCUCGCGCUGCACGGCGGACCAGCUGGAGAUCCUCAAAGUCAUGGGCAUCCUGCCCUUCUCGGCGCCCUCGUGCGGGCUCAUCACCAAGACGGACGCCGAGCGCCUGUGCAACGCGCUGCUGUACGGCGGCGCCUAUCCGCCGCCCUGCAAGAAGGAGCUGGCCGCCAGUCUGGCGCUGGGCCUGGAGCUCAGCGAGCGCAGCGUGCGUGUGUACCACGAGUGCUUCGGCAAGUGCAAGGGGCUGCUGGUGCCCGAGCUCUACAGCAGCCCGAGUGCCGCCUGCAUCCAGUGCCUCGACUGCCGCCUCAUGUAUCCCCCGCACAAGUUCGUGGUGCACUCACACAAGGCGCUGGAGAACCGGACCUGCCACUGGGGCUUCGACUCGGCCAACUGGCGGGCCUACAUUCUGCUGAGCCAGGACUACACGGGCAAGGAGGAGCAGGCACGCCUUGGUCGCUGCCUGGAUGACGUGAAGGAGAAGUUCGACUAUGGCAACAAGUACAAGCGGCGGGUGCCCCGGGUCCCCUCCGAGCCCCCGGCCUCCAUCCGGAAAACAGAUGACGCCCCCUCCCAACUCCCCACAUCUUCUGAGAAGGACAAACAGUCUGGCUGGCUGCGGACCCUGGCCAGCUCCUCCAGCAAGAGCCUCGGCUGCGUUCACCCUCGCCAGCGCCUCUCUGCUUUCCGACCCUGGUCCCCUGCGGUGUCCGCGAGUGACAAAGAGCUCUCCCCACAUCUCCCUGCCCUGAUUCGAGACAGCUUUUACUCCUACAAGAGCUUCGAGACGGGUGUGGCCCCCAACGUGGCCCUGGCACCGCCGGCCCAGCAGAAGGUUGUGAGCAGCUCGCCAUGUGCCACCGUCGUCUCCCGGGCCCCCGAGCCCCUGGCCACCUGCCUCCAGCCACGAAAGCGGAAGCUGACCGUGGACACCCCCGGAGCCCCGGAGACGCCGGCCCCUGUGGCCGCCCCAGAGGAUGACAAGGACUCGGAGGCCGAGGUGGAAGUGGAGAGCAGGGAAGAAUGUACGUUCACCUCCUCCCUGUCCUCGCUCUCCUCCCCGUCCCUUACCUCAUCCAGCUCCGCCAAGGACCUGAGCUCCCCGGGCGUGCACGCCCCGCCCGCGGCGCCCCCCGCCCCUGAGGGUGCGGCCCCUGCCGACCCUGCGAGCGGCGGACUGGAGGCAGAGUUGGAGCACCUGCGGCAGGCCCUGGAGGGCGGCCUGGACACCAAGGAAGCCAAAGAGAAGUUCCUGCACGAGGUGGUGAAGAUGCGCGUGAAGCAGGAGGAGAAGCUGAGCGCCGCCCUGCAGGCCAAGCGCAGCCUCCACCAGGAGCUGGAGUUUCUGCGUGUGGCCAAGAAGGAGAAGCUGCGGGAAGCCACAGAGGCCAAGCGCAACCUGCGGAAGGAGAUCGAGCGCCUCCGAGCCGAGAAUGAGAAGAAGAUGAGAGAGGCCAACGAGUCCCGGCUGCGCCUGAAGCGGGAGCUGGAGCAGGCGCGCCAGGUGCGGGUGUGUGACAAGGGCUGCGAGGCCGGCCGCUUGCGCGCCAAGUACUCGGCCCAGAUUGAGGACCUGCAGGUGAAACUGCAGCACGCGGAGGCGGACCGCGAGCAGCUGCGCGCCGACCUGCUGCGGGAGCGCGAGGCCCGGGAGCACCUGGAGAAGGUGGUGAAGGAGUUGCAGGAGCAGCUGUGGCCGCGGCCCCGGCCCGAGGCCGCGGGUGGCGAGAGCACGGCCGAGCUGGAGCCCUAGCGGACCCCACUGUGUGCCGCUGCGGUGCGGACGCCGCAGGGAGCGGGCGGGCGGGCGGCCCACGCCAGCCGGGGGCUCGGGGGGCUCUGCGCGCCGGCAGGCCCGCCCCCGCGUCCACAUAGCACAACGUCUUACUGUGCCUAUAACCAAGCGAGUGUUUGGAACCACAUACUUUUGGAAUCCACUGCAAAAUUUUCUACUGGCCAAGUUCAAGUGCGCGAGCCGGGUUCCCAGCUGCAGCCGGAGCCCAGGCUCCGUGCCUGCCGCGGCCCUCUGCUUGCUGGAACGUUCUAACAUUUACAUUUUUGUUAUAAGCUAUUUAAAACCAAUAAGAAGACUUGAUACUCAGAAAAAUCAACAGGUUUUUUAAUGACUAACUUUUAAAAGCCCCACCAACACGUGACGCCAUCCGAGGACCUGCUGAGGGAGCUGGGGUGCAGCCGCCCCGCCCCUCGAAGCCAUCGCAGCUCGUCCGGGGCCGCACAAGGACAGGGAGGGUUUUCUCCAGAGUCUAUUUUUUCAGCGACGAGGACCCAGGCGUCCUGUGCUGCCGCCCGGGAAGAGCAGGGAGGACGCCGUGAGCUGGGCCGCCGCCUCCGCCUGCCUGCCUGCAGGGCGGCCCCAGGGGACAGCGCUGGCCCGCUCUGCUGCCGCUGCCCUCCCCUGUCCGCUCCUGUCGCAUCGGGACUGCGGCUGCAGCGUUGGAACAAAACAGCAUUACUUCACUUUUUUUUUUUGUUUGUUCAUUUAAACGUAUAUUUAGAACUGCACUUUGUCAAGAACCUUCCCUUCUCUUUUUACUCCCCAGUUAACUGAGGUUUUUACUUUUCAAAUAUUGCAAACCCAUUUAUAGAGCAGUCCACAUCCUAAGUGCUCGAGUGUUUAGAAACCCCCUCUGGUGCUUGGUUGAACAAGGGAAUCACAAAACGAAAAUGCAAAACUGAACUUCGGGGGGUAGUUCUGUGCCUUCCAGCAUCCUGUACAGCGAACCCCGACUCGUCUGUCUACCCCCGAGAUACCCGUCUUCAGUAGUGACUGAAUCUGCCAUUAUCAGAAUAAGUUACUUGCAUUUAUUCCAAAUAAUCUCGUUUACUCUCAACUGUUCAUGCAAAUUGUAUAAGGUUUUUUAUGCCCAAGCUUGAAAAAUGAUUUCCCAGUAGACGAGAGGCGGCUACCCAUCCUGAGAUUACGGUAUUUAUGUACAUGAGAAAGAUCUUACCAGAAUUCUUCGCUUGACCCUGUUCUAACGCCGAGGCAGCUGUGAGCGCAGACGGAGGUGGGGACCGCUGGCCCAGGUACAGGCGCUGCCCGCCGCCGCCGUGACCAGCAGAGGCUUGGUGACCAUCUGCAGGGUUCUCGCCCGUGGUUUACUGGGGGGAGGGGCGCAGGUGCUGCUGGACCCCCUACAGUGCAAUGCAAAAGGGACACCGUAGAUAGGCAGCGUUUGUUUGGAUUUUUUUUUUUUUGCUUUUGUUUUUCUUUUGCAGUUAUGAAAUCUGUAUGCAUGGAAUGUUAAAUCUCUACCGUAUGUAUCCCCAUCGAUGGGCAUUAUUACCGCGUCCUGGAAGGGCCGGUUGUGCUACACAACACUCAGAAUGCUGUGUUCA